AUGAAGCGAGGUCAGAGACUGGACACCAACAUAUACCUCACAGACUCAACAUCAAUCAAAGAGAUGAAGAUUGAUAACCUGGUCGGUCAUCCAAUAGAUGGGUCGGUGUUGCCAAGAUCACUCACGAGUCUAACCAUGGACGAUAAGUUCGACGAGGAAUUGAUCAACCUUCCGCCCAGCCUCACAUGUCUGACAUUGUGCUCGCGAACCAAUGGGCUCGUCGUUCAUCAUGCCCAGUUGAGACGAUUGAAUGUGAUCAACUCGUACGCCCUCUCCCAAGACCUCCCCUACACACAACUACGCGAACUCAUCCUAUGGUCAACCGAGGUCUCAAACCUCGUGCGCAUCACAUCGACCAACUACCCAAUGUUGGAGAAAUUGAACACUGGAUUGAUUGAAGGUCAUUAUGCUUCGAUCAAUCUAUUAUCACUUCCUUCGUCACUCACAUGUUUGACAAUCCAACCUGGAGGUAAUUACGUCGCAGGACUUCCAGCUGGAUUACAACAUCUAGUGAUCAUAAACACUCCUGGCAAAACAAGUAUGGUACAUAUAUCAACAACGUGGUCGCAAUGUCCACCAAUGUCCAAUCUACAUACUCUCGAACUGCACAACUAUAUCAACCCAUUGGCUAAUGGUGACAUCCCUUCAUCAGUAACAGAUCUGUCUUUGCAAUGCUCUAUAAAUGAAUUGGAUGACAGUGAUCACUUGUCGUUGUCAUUUUUAUUAGGAUCACUUCGAAGAUUGUCGUUGACCAGCUCCAAACACAAUGUCUUGUACAUUUUACAAAGACUACCAAUCAAUAUCCAAGACCUGGGUUUAAACGUUGGUGGCAUAAUGGGACCAUACCAUCUCCGACGACUGUCACCAACACUAUUCAUGCUCCAUGAUAAUAAUCGUCGUUAUUGCUUCAUUCACAUUGACCAGUUAAUCAAUCGAAUAAAUAAAAUA